CAUCAGUGAACUUCUAUUCCACUCCUUGUCAUGAGCGCGUGGGAGUGUUGUAGGAGGAGUGCACGUGUCCGAAUGUCUGAUUCAUGUCUCCUUGUGUCUCACCGUGCGUUUGCGUUGGUUCUUCACCUUGCAUCCUUUGUUGUUCCUUAUUGUCCGUCACCGCGUCCAGGAAGGAAAGCACGACGUGUGUUGAUGUCUUGGCGCUGUUGAAAGCGACUGCCUCGCCGUCACUUCCAUGUUUCGACUGCACCCACCUCCUACCCACGCGUCACUCCUGUCCUUCUUUCCACGUCGUUGCAAUCGCAGUUAUGAACGCCGUGUACGAGAAGGGACCAACGGAGCUGGGUGGUGAUCCCCUCAAUUUCAUCUACGCCUGUUCUGUGUGUUGCGCCUCCUUCGCGGAUGUCUACGAGGGUCACAAGGAGACGGUUCGUGGCCUGUCAGAUGGUAUCAACCCCAAAGAGCGCCUUGUGACGCGCCUGUUCCUCGCCAGUUGUUGUCAUGUCUUCUGCAGCAGUCAUUUGGAGGGCGGCGGACCGCCUUUCCAUACAGCUGGACAGCGACCCAAGUCUCCCUGCCCUGUCUGUAUCAAGGAGAAAGGCGACAGUGAGCCGCGCGAUCUCUUCUCGAUACGCGGCUUCAACAAAGAUGAAUACGAUCCUCAGAUUCCGCCCGCAUGGUUCACCGCGCCUCCCAUCCGCCUCGAUGGUAGCGGAAAAGAGAUGGAGGCACUGCGCUUCCAGUAUAUUGCGCUUAUUCGAUACUGCCAGAAUACUCAUGCGACCCGCAAGCCCCUUCAAGAAGCUUUGGCCGAUACAGAGAAGAAGUUGGCUAGUGCACAGGAUCUUGCUUCCAAGGAACACGCGAUAGUCGUCACACUCCAAAAAGAGAACGAGCGACUACGACUGCAGAAAGACCAAUUCCAGGCCAUGAAAGCCGAGGUUGAGCGACUUCAGGGUCUCGAUGAGGAAGUUGCGCAUCUUCGCAAUGUCAAACCGAAGGACCUCGCAACAUUUCUGGCGAACAAGUCAGCAAUUCGCCACUACUUGAAGCUUGUCCCUAUGCUAGUCGAUCAAAACGAGAGGAUGCAGAAGCGACUUGCCCAACUCGGCUUUGCGAUGGCACUAGAGCCUGUACCCAACUUCAAAGGCAUUGAUCCUCACGCGUUCGAUAGCGACGAAGCUCUACCUGAGCGCAUCGGACAAUCGAACGGUAAACUGCGAACGACUGCCUCGAGCCAUACCGCCGGUAGAUCGGCUCAUACAACUGGGCGAUUGGGAACAGCAUCUUCCGGGUCCUUUGUCCCGCGACCCAUGAAGCGGCAACGCCUCGACUCACCACUUCCCGCCCAGACGCAAAUCGACCAUCCUUCCAGCCGAGAUGCGAUGCCACCUCCACCGAAGCCGAUGUCCAGGAUGCAAUCCAUGCGCAAGAUGUUUCCCAGUCUGCGACAGAAGUUCUCCAGUGAUCGCUCCAAGUCUGCAGCAGAUGGCUCCUUCGAAGAUGAUGCAGACGUACAGAUGUAUGAUAACGGACACUGGCAAGACGUUGAAGCCAAUCGUCACCCAGCACACGAUGACUUCGGCGGCGAGACACCUUACAUGUCGGGAGCGCUGCCCGUAGAACAGCCCCAUCAGGCCUCUGACGUUCGAGGAUCGCAGCUGCUUGCUAGUGUAGGCCUCCAAAACAACCUGUCAGACUUCACAUUCCGAGCAUCGUCUCCAGUCAAGAUGGACAAGCAAAGCAGUGACCAUCGUCCCGUCCAUUUGCCUACCGAGCCGUCAUACAUUCGGCUUAUGGAUGGUUUGUCGCGCGACAACGGGAUGGAGCUAGGUCUGAAAGAUCCUCGCAAGCAGACCAAUACGGAUUAUCGUAUCGAUGGCAGGAAUAGGCAAGUACCACCUGCUUAUCGACAUGAGGACUUUGCAGAUCGAGUUGAUUACCGGGGGUCUCUGCAUCUUGGACAUCCGUUCAUGCACCAGUCGCCGUACGGAUCUUCGACCUCUGCUGAUGCGCGCCAAUACCCUUCUAGCGACCACCAGACUAACGGAUACACCAGUCGAGCUUACGAUAUGCCGGACCUUGGCCCUACCACGCCAGCACCGAUGCGCCAACAAUAUCCCGGUCAUCAGAUCGAGAGUGUGUUCCGAUCAUUCCGACGAUUAUCAGUCACGAAGAUCAAGGACGAACCAACCUCGGGCCGGCUGGGUUGAAGCUCGCAGCCUAAACGGUCUCUCGUUCUUCGAUUCACCCGUCGACUCUAGAAAUGAGCCUAUCAAGUUGGACUACCGCCGCAGAGAGGUUGAGCCAGCACCAACGCCAUACUCGCAUCAGCAUCAAAGACGUCAUCUUAAUUCGCGUGGCUUCAUCAUACGCCCGGAAGAGGGACACUCAUCGUAUACCAACGACAGUGCCUAUGGUUCUUCUCAAACCCGAGAAUUUUACAAUAGAAACGCGCCCAAUAAUUCCCAAGCAGCGGUUAAUGUACCGCCUGCAUAUCGUCCAAGUCAUUCCCGCAUCGGUCAGGUGCCCUCUAUCAUGCCUUCUAUCGUUUCAAGCCGUCCAACUGCCCGAGCCCAACCUCAAU